ACCUCUUCAUCUCGGGUCGGCUGCCCCUGACUGGAUCCGAAAUGGGCACCAUCGAGAGACCAGUGCCGAUUGAGAAAGAAACAAACUGAGCUUAUCAAGUGAGCGGAGGCAAACAUCUGUGGGGGAAGCGACGCGCAAUCUCGAGAGAGACAAGCGAGGACCUGUGGAGGGGGACCUGAAUGAAAGGAGGCGAAACGAAAAGAUGAUGGGAUGGCCGUGACAACAUGAAAAAGAAAAAGUGUGGUGGUCUAUUUUCAUCCAGCCAGUGAUUCAAGACAACUAACCUGGGGGACAGGGACUGGAAGGAGAAGAGAAAGGUGCCUGGCCACAGCCGUGACCAUGGAGCCUCCCCCCUCUCUGAGCCUGGCUCUGCUAGGAGGGAGCGAGGAUGAGGACCAGCGCUUCCUCCUACCCCUGGGCAGCAUAACCCAUCCCUCCACCACUGCCAACCAGCCAGGAUCAAACCACUCCAACCACAUGGGAGGAUCAAGCCUCGACCGUCUAAAUGGCAGCACCCCUUUGCCAUCUCCCGCCACGCCCAGUUUACCUCCAACAUCGCUCCCCAAGAUGCCCCUGUCAUCCUCUGGAGCCCAGCCUCUGCCCCCACCCAUCCCCAACGCCCUGCACCCCACCAGCACCCCGCUCUCCUCCUGCCUGGGCUCACAGCACAGCCUUAGUGGGGACAACUCGCCAGUCUACAACGCCCUCUUUUACUCCUCCCACUCUCCAUCCAUGGAGCGGGAAAGGGACAGAGAGCGUGACAGGGACAGGGAUAGGGACAGGGACAGGGACAGGGAGCGAGACAGGGGGUGCAAACACAGACAGGCCAGCCCUUUGGUCCAUCGAAGGGACAGUAACCCCUUCACAGAGAUCGCCAUGAGCUCCUGUAAGUACACAGGCGGGGUCAUGAAGCCCCUGAGCCGCCUCAGCGCCUCUCGCAGAAACCUCUUGAAUCAGACAGCAGCAGCGAAACCAAAGAGGCUGGCGUUUCUGCUGUUGCAGGGGCAACAGCCGCUGGUGGGCAUGACCGACAGCGAGACCCCUCCUACCUCCUUGUCAGUUCAGUCCUCUACCAAUCAACCCCUUAUCCAGACCCCGCCAGAAAUUGUGAUUUCAUCCAAAGAAGACUCGCCGUACCCCAGAGGGGGGUAUGACAUCACAGACUCCACGUCAAAUCAGAUGUCUAUCUACCAUCAGAACCAUGCGCUGGUGGAGAGCAGGCGGGCGCAGGGAGGGAGGGGCAGCAGGCAGGGAGGGGUUGGAGCUGUUGGUACUGGGGCCAGAGGCAGCACCUCCAAAGCCUCUAAACGGAAGAACCAAAACAUUGGCUAUAAACUGGGGCACCGCAGGGCGCUGUUUGAGAAGAGGAAGAGGCUGAGUGAUUACGCCCUCAUCUUCGGGAUGUUUGGCAUCGUGGUCAUGGUGAUUGAGACGGAGCUGUCGUGGGGCGUGUACACAAAGAGCUCCAUGUACUCUCUGGCCCUGAAGUGUCUGAUCAGUCUGUCCACAGUCAUACUGCUGGGUCUCAUCAUAGCCUACCAUGCACGGGAAGUUCAGCUGUUCGUCAUCGACAACGGAGCCGACGAUUGGCGCAUCGCCAUGACCAUGGAGAGAGUUCUGCUAAUCGCUCUGGAACUGCUGGUGUCUGCGGUGCAUCCCAUACCCGGUGACUUCAAGUUCCAGUGGCGGGCGCGACUGGCUUUCUCAUACGCGCCGUCGCAAGCCGAGGCCGACCUGGACAUGGUGCUAAGUGUGCCGAUGUUCCUACGCCUCUACCUCAUUGCCAGAGUCAUGCUUCUGCACAGCAAACUCUUCACCGACGCCUCCUCCAGGAGUAUAGGCGCCCUAAAUAAGGUACAUUUUAACACACGAUUUGUAAUGAAAACCCUCAUGACUAUCUGCCCUGGGACGGUGCUGCUGGUCUUCAGCAUCUCUCUGUGGAUCAUCGCUGCCUGGACUGUACGAGUGUGUGAGAGGUAUCAUGAUGCUCAGGAUGUGACCAGUAACUUCCUGGGAGCCAUGUGGCUUAUCUCCAUCACAUUCUUGUCCAUCGGCUAUGGAGACAUGGUCCCUCAUACCUACUGUGGCAAAGGAGUAUGUCUGCUCACAGGAAUCAUGGGUGCUGGUUGUACGGCUCUGGUGGUUGCUGUGGUAGCCAGGAAGCUGGAGCUGACCAAGGCCGAGAAACAUGUACACAACUUCAUGAUGGACACACAGCUCACAAAGAGGAUAAAGAACGCAGCGGCGAAUGUGCUAAGGGAAACCUGGCUCAUCUACAAGCACACCAAGCUGAUGAAGAAGAUUGACCACUCCAGGGUCCGCAAGCACCAGAGGAAGUUCCUCCAGGCAAUACAUCAAUUACGCAGUGUGAAAAUGGAGCAGAGGAAACUCAGCGAUCAGGCCAACACACUCGUGGACCUCUCAAAGAUGCAGAGCGUCAUGUAUGAGCUCAUGUCGGAGCUCAACGACCGCAGCGAGGACUUGGAGCGUCAGAUGCUGUCCCUGGAGCAGCGGGUGGAACAGCUCACUGCCGGCUUCAACACCUUGCCCGCACACCUCUCGGCUACCCUCAGCGCCCAGCACGCUGCCUUGGUACACUUGCUCCGGGAGAGGGAUUCAAGGGACGGUAGAGGAUGUGGUGGUGGUGGAGUAGGAUGUGCUGUGGUUCCUCUGUCCCCUGCUGCUUCUAUAACAAGUCCUCCAGCUCCAAUUUCUCCAGUCCAGGUUGCAUCUCCAGUGUCUCCCCCAUCCCAGGUCACUACCCUGGCCUUAGAGUCGCCACUGUCACCUCCACCUGUGAGCCCAGAGGGCAGCCUGGAGGCGAGUCCCAACCCCAACACCUGCACUUCUAGCUGCUGAGGACGGCUCUAAGGACCAGGAGAGGACAUAUACCAGGAGAAGGACAGAGGAAAGGAGGUCGGGCAAGUCCUCAUACUUCAGACUAAAGGCGAGCGAAAAAAGGAGGAGGAUGAGAAGAGAAAUGAGAGGUGAUCCUCUGGAGCUGGAGUGACGAAAACAGCACCACGAGGAGGAAUAAUAGGACUAAGAUGGAGGGGCUGUUUGAAUGAUGAGACACGUUGGGGACUUUUGGGCGCUUUCCUUAACGAGGGAAGAUGAUAAAAUGGAGACUCUAAAAGGUGUGUGGGGGAGGAAGGACGUCAAGAGGGUGAGAAAUGGAGGAAGAGAAGAUGAGGAGGGGGAAGUAGAGAGGGAGGAGAACUAACUAGGAAUAAUUAUAUGAACUCAGAGCUCCAAUUACUGAAAAAGGCCUUUUACUCUCUCUCUAUCUCCCCCUGUCUUUCCUUCCCCAUCUCCCAAUCUCUCUUUCCCUUCAUCAGGAAUUAAUGACCAUGACUUUUUAUCCUUAUGAUGUAUUUUCUAUCUGAAUGCUAACUGUGUGUUAACGAGCAUCCCUUUAACAGAAGGUUUGAUCAAUACGACCAAUAUAUAGAAAAAACUAGUGGCAUGCAUCGCACACACACUCACUCACUCACACACACACACACACACACACACACACACACACACACACACCCACAACUUACAUUAUCCACGCAAUACAAGUGAACACAGCACAAACCUAAACACACAAUCUAUCACAAUGCAGGCCCUAUUUAAACCCACACAGAGGGAUGAAUGCAGGAGCUCACAAGAUAAUACUAAAGCCUAUACUGCCAAGCACUCAAUGCACUGUCAAUCACCACACAGCACUGCCAAGCAACGUCGACCCACUGUAAAAAAAAAUGUUCAUCCUAACGACUUCUCUUUUGUGGCUGUGAGCUAGUGCAGUAGUUUAGAAUUACAAGGCAUAGUUGUGACAUUUAACCCCUCAGUCUGAAGAAGUGUAAGCGUUCAGUGAACUACACAAAUUACAGAUCAAGUUGAAAUAAGUUGGUGCGACACCAAGGGGACAUGAGUCACUGCAACACUUGUUUGUGGUGAGGUGGGAAGUAGCAGAUGAAUAAAAUAAACAAACAUCACUACACCAGGACUUAUUUACAGCAUCAUUAAUAAAAGAUGAAAAUGAAGCUGAGAAAUAAAAAGAUACAAAUGAAGAUGAACUGAUGUUGAAGUGUAGAGCUGGGUUUGAUUUAAUUGAAUAAGACCUUUAAAAGUGACAUAUCAUGAAAAAUCGACUUUUUAAUGGUUCUCUACCUGAAAUAUGUGUCCCUGGCAUGUCUACAAACACCCUGAAAAUGAAAAAAAUCCAUUCUGCCCCUGCUCUGAUUUCUCCACCUUUCUGUAAAUGUGUGCUGAAACAAGCCGUUUCAGUUUUCAGUGUUUUUCAUACGUCACAACGCAAUCCGGUCUGUAACGGAAGUCAGAGCUCGGAGCUUGUUCAGCCAAUAGACUGUAUAAAAUACAACUCAACCCCUCCUCCGUUUUUCAUUACCUGCACAACAAGGAGCUUAGGAGGGAGACAUUCUAGUUGUACGCUGUCUUAAUAAACACAAAGGUCAGUUUUACUCCCCACGUCUGCAGAUUUGAAGAUCUAGUGGAUGAUUUUUAUUUUUCAUGGAAAAGUGCUAGCGCUAGUUAGCAUAGCCACAUAGCUACAUGUUCGUAGCUGUGUACCAAGACACACGUCGACAUACUGACAAAUAAAACCACAUGAAACACUAAAUCUGUGAUCAAUCGUUCAGAAAGGUCCUGCUGCAAGCGCCUCUCCGUCAGGAUCAGAUUCUGGAUCAAAUUCAGAGGGUUGAAGUAACGCGGGUCUGUGAGCAGAUGUAUAUUCAGUCAACAUGUAAACAUUAGAUCAAAGUGCUGGACAGCCAAGGGCACAUCCACUUCCUGAGGGGCCGUGGUCAGAGAGCUCAUUCUCAUUUAAAGGCACAGACACAGAAAACAGCCUGUUCUGAGCAGGGCUGAAAAAGAAGGGUUUACAGACAUGCCAAAAUCUGAUUUCAAAGUGUUUUUUGAGCAAUAAACUUCAAAGACAUGUUUUGGGGACCUCUUAGACCAAUAUAUUUUGAUAAAGAAAGAGCAUAAUAUGUCACCUUUAAAAUGCUUGAUUUUGUUAAUAUUCUGUGAAAAUCUCAGAAAAUAAACCGUUUAUAGUUGUAUCAAGUGCAUUGAUAUAAAAAUGGUUGUUUGGAGAAAGACAAUACAAAGAUUUUUUAAACUGCCAGACUGAUCCUGCUGAUUGAAUAUCAAUAACAAUUUAUGACUUUAUCUUUCUUCUUCUUAUAUUAUUAAAGUUUACUACAGCAUAUCUGCUCAGAGGUUGGCUGGAGACGGUUAAAACAACAGUUCAAACAUCAUCCAUAAAUAUUAAAUGAUGUGUUUAUUAUUUUGCUUUGAAGGGGCUGAGGUGGGUGGAGUCAGGUUGACUAGGAUGAUGUAGAAUGUAGAGCAGCAAGACGCUGUACUGUUUCGCUUUAAUUCUGUGAAAAAAGAAAAAGAGUAGUUAGAAGUACACAAAUAUUGCUUUAUAUUAGUAAUAUAAAUGACCUUUAAAAUCAAACAAUUAUCUAGAUUGUUAUUAUAAGUUGGUGUGAUUACAUUUUUUCAGUGUAUGGUUGUGUCUUCAACACCCUAUAAAGGGGAGAAGAGUAAUUAACUUACUGCCAUUCUUCUUUAAGCUUGCAGUCCCAAAACAACGCACUGUUAUCAUGAAUGUACUCUGUUUAAAGAAAUACACUCAAACACUCUUGCUUGCUCCAUCACUUAAACUGCCAUGCAGGCACAGGAAUGGACACCCACACACACAUGCACGCACACGCAGAUACACACACACACUCACACACACACACCUCGACAACCAAAGUGCUCUCUCUUAAAUGGACUUCAAUAAUAGGCAGGGAACGCCGCUGUCACUGGGGACAAAAGAUAGCAGGAGGCGUUGCAGAUAUCUUGACAAUAUUUCCGAGGGAAUAACUGUGAAAAUCUUGGCAUGGUCUUGUUACAGGGCUGUGCAUGGACUGAUCUUCACUGCUUUAAAACAGAUCACAGUGAAACACAAAUAAACCUUAAAAAGGAGAAAUGGCCAUGAAGGAAGAGCUGUUUGUGAAAUAAAUAAAGCUUCAACAGAGAGAAUAAGGUAUAUCUGACAGGAAUCCUAAUGGUGUGAUGGGAAAAGAGACAAGCCUACCCUUACAUUGGAGACAAUAUCAAAAACUGUCUUAUAGUGACAUGCUGUGGCCGGAAUACUGAAUUACAUACGCUUGGAAUAUUGUAUAGUAUGCUGUUAACGAAACCUAGCUUUGUAUUGCUUAGUCUUUUCUACCAUUAUGAUUAAACGCAGUUAUAGCUGAUAUCUAAUAUUAUUAAACUAUAGUAUUCUUCUCAUUCGUCAUGACAAUUAUGAUAUAUGUAUUAACAAUACGUUAAAUAAUUAUGAACAAGGAAAGUGCCGUUUGAGGUUGAAAUUAUUUUGUAAUUUUAUUUUAUCAGAGAGAAUUAAUAAAGUAUAUAUCUAUAACAUAGCUUUCAUGUUCUCUGAGUCACUGUGUUUUCAUUUUCUUUUGUUUUGAUUUUUUCUAUUGUUUUUUUCUUCAAUGGGGCAGAGACAGAUAAAUACAACACUGCUUUUAUGACUACUUAAUGUGUUACAGAUAAUGUAUUCUACUGUUUCAGAUUUAAUAUGUGUAUCUCAACACCACUAAUUAAAACACUGGAAGC